AUGAAUGAUGAAGAACAAGAAUAUAGUUCACUUUUUCAAGGAAAUAUAAGUUCCGAUUCGGAAAGUGAAAUUGAAGUUGAUUUUUCUGUCAAGGAAACUAAAAAUGGAAAACCUACAAAUAUUUAUUCACAAAAUUCAUUUGUAAUGGAAAUCGAUGGUGAUAAUACAGACGAAAUAGGAUCUCAGGAUGAGCAACAACUGGGAUUUGGUAAAUUAGAUCCACUUUUUGAAAACGAAAAUUUAGGAAUGAUACAACAUUUUGACGACGAUGACGACGAUGACAUUGAACAAGAUCGAAAUCUACAUGAUGAAGAUAAUGACGACGAAAAAUGUCGUCAAUGUAAACGAAAUGUUAAUUCUAAUAAAUGGUGUAGAGAAUGUAAUGAAAUUCGUUUUCGCGAGUUAUUUGAUUCUUGGAGCACGGAAAAUCGUGAUUUGGAUUUAUUGAUUCAACAAGCACAAUUAAAUUCCACACGAAAUCUAGAAGUGCUUGAAUUUAUAUUUUUUGAGCGAUUUAAAGAUAUCGAAUUAAUUGAAGAAGAUGAGGAAUUUUAUUUAUAUACUGCUGUCUGGACAAAUGGUCCAAUUGAAGAUUGGAAUGCUUUAGAAAAUAGAUGGCAUAGACGGUCGAGUCUUCGAGUUACUUUGAAACGAUUUAAAUACGCCGAGGAGAGAUUUGAAAUGGUCUAUGAUGAGUUAAAUUCAUAUUACAAAGCAACACACACAAUUGAACCGUCAGAUCUGUAUUCAGUAAUUCGUUGUUUCGGAAUCUCGCGACAUCCACAAACCAAUGAUUAUAUUAUUAUUUAUGAAUAUGCACAGCAAUGGACGAUACACGAAUACAUUGGUCAAAAUUUCCCGACAAUUAGUUGGCAUCAAAAGCUAUUUUUGUUAAAUCACGUUGCACGAAAUCUAGCAAAUAUACAUCAACUUUCUUAUAUUUAUGCUGAAGUUUUUUCUCGGGAAUCAAUUGAUAUCAGCCCAAAUGAAAAUAGUGAUCUAAAAAAAGGGUUUCACUCCCUGUUUACCGGAAAAUUCAUGGUUGAUCGGAAUUCGGCUGCCCGAAGAAUGAGAGAUUAUUUAAGAUGGAUAUCAUCGAUGUUUGGUAAAGACGAGUCGAAAUCUUCAUUCGAGCAGAUUAGUACCCAAGGGAUCUCUGCGAAAAUUGCAAUAAUGUCGUUGAAAUCGGACAAUCAAAUAUUACCUAAUGCUCUGGCUCAACUCGUCAAAGAAGAGGAGCCUAAGAUAGAGAAUGAAGGUGACAACUUGGAGUCGGAGCAAAUCGCAGAUCAAACAAACAUGGGGAGGUGGCCGAGCGGUCUAAGGCGCCACGUUAAGGCCGUGGUCUCUUCGGAGGCGUGGGUUCGAAUCCCACCCUCCUCAUACAUGAUUGCGACGAUGUUGGUUUCUUUUUAUGCAUGA